ACUCCAGAAUUUGUCUGUUCUCUGGAGUGGAAUCCGUCAAGCCUCCAGAGAAGUCUGUGCCUGCUGUGCUGGGCUGUCAGAGGCAACCUCCUCGCUCCAGGAGGUGAUGGGGAUCCCCACGUUCCUAGCCCUCCCGGCUGCCAGGAGUGACCGAGCUGCCUGCACAUCCUGCCAUCCUUUGGGCCACAUGCUACUGUGGACGGCUCUGCUAUUCCUCGCUCCUGUUGCUGGGAAACAUGCAGGUCUCCCAAAGGCUGUGGUGAACAUUCAGCCUGCGUGGAUCAAUGUGCUCAAGGAGGAUUACGUGACGCUGAUGUGUCAGGGGACCAGCUUGUAUGAAGGCAACCUCACCCUGUGGUUCCAUAAUGGGAGCUUCAUCCAGAGCCAGAACCAGUCCAGCUAUAGCUUUAAGGCCAGCAGCAAUGACAGCGGAGACUACAGGUGUCAGAGAGAGCAGACCAGCCUAAGCGACCCUGUGCAUCUGUACGUGACUUCCGACUGGCUCCUGCUCCAGACCCCUAGCCUCGUGUUCCAGGAAGGGGAGCCCAUCGUGCUGAGGUGCCACAGCUGGAGAAACAGUUCUCUGAAUAAGGUCAUAUUCUUCCAGAAUGGAAAAUCCAAGACGUUUUCCCAUCUGCGUUCCAACUUCUGUAUCCCACGAGCAAACCUCAGUCACAGUGGCGAGUACCACUGCACGGGAUUUAUCGGGCAGACGGUGUACUCAUCACAGCCUGUGACCAUCACUGUCCAAGGUCCGGCAAUUCUAUUCAUCUUUCCACCUUGGUAUCAAAUCACUUUCUGCCUGGUGAUGGCGCUCCUUUUUGCAGUGGAUACAGAGCUGUAUUUUUCUGUGCAGAGAGACCUUCAAAGCUCAGCGGGAGACUGGAAGAACUGCAAAGUCAGAUGGAGUCAAGGCCCUCAGGAUGAAUGACCCCUCAUCCCACAGCAUAAGCGCAGUGGCAGCAGCAUCUCUUCAGGCCAUAACUUUCCUCUUCCCCUGGCCCCACCUUGACAGCAACGUGGGCUAAGGAGCCUCCAGGGAAAGAAAAGGCCUGUGAUCUCCAGAGCUAAAAUCCUAAUAGGCCCUACCUUCACUGAUUUCCCUAAGGCCAAGGCACAGUCACAGCCCACCCAGCUCUACAAGGACUCAGAGCAAAUGUGUUUUCACAGAUCCUUGACAGAGGUUCCUCAAAUAUAUGAAAUCUCAGGAAAUCCUGCUUCUACUUUCAAAAUAAAUCCAACAAUCCGACCACUUCUCAGUACUCUACUACUAGCAUCUGGUCCAAGCCACCAUCAUCUCCCUUGAAUUACUGCAGCAGCCUCCUGACUGCUCUCCCUGCACUCACCCAUGACACCUGACAGUCCAUUCUCACCAUAACAGUCAAUGUGUGUUGUAUCUGUCACGUCUUUUCUUGAAGCCAUGCAAUAGCUUCCCUCUUGCAUUUAAAGUAACAGCUAAAGCCUUUGUAAUGUUCUACAAGGCACUACAUUAUCUUGUUCCUCAGUGCUUCUCUAACCUCAUCUACUGCUCUCCCUUUGCUUCCUUGAACUCUUCAAUUAUACUUCUGCUACAGGUUUAUAUGUUAUUUACUGUUUCUGAAAUGUUCAUUCUUACAGAUAUCUACAUCAUGCUUCAUCAUGGUCUUUACUCAAAUAUCAUGUUAUCAGUGAGGUCUCCUUGAUCAUUCGGUAUAACCCCACUCCUCCACCAUCUCCUAAUCCCGCUCUCCUUUAUUUUCCCCAUUGUACUCAUCACCAACUGGAGUACCAUAUGUUCACUUGUUUAAUUGUUUACUGCUGUAUUUUUCCCCUAUUGUAUGUAUCACCAACUGACUACCCCCUCUCCCAUUAAAAUAUGCUCCAGGA